AUGCAGCCACUAGGUAGCCAUGAAGAGGAUAGUGAUAUGGGAUUGGAUCAUGAUGAAGAGGAGACUGAUAGUAUCGCAACGAACCCAUACCCAUACACAGAAUCAAGCAUUGCCUCUACAGAUGCAGAAGAGCAGGCCUAUCUUCGAGAUAUUCAGCAGCAGGUGUCCACCCAACCAACCUCUCGCUCAUCGUCUAUGCGAGAUUCUCUCGGAAGAUCGUUUGAAUCUCCCGUGAUGCAACCUACCUUAUCUCGCUCACCAUCUGUACGCACUCGUCCUCCCAGAAGACGAUCAUGGCAAGACAAACAGGCCAUACCGAUCCGUCCGCCUUCAGUAGCUUCUGUACAAUCCCAAGCUACCAAUAAUGGUCAAUCUGUCCGACGCCCAUCUCGUUCGUCCGCUGUCACACCUGCUGCUACACCACGCAUGCGACCUUCCUCUUCCGCUUCUCACGCAGCAUCUAAUGAACGUCGUGCCCAGCGUAUAAGAGUAGGAAGAGCCGAACCCUUCUUUGAAGAAACAUUUGACGCUAGUGUAAAUCCAUGGGUUCAGCAACCGGCUGGCCGUCGCUAUAGAGCCCAGGAUGGUCAGGAAAGUGAAGACAGUAUCGAGGAUGAACGUAGAGCUGACAGUCGAGCCCAACAAUUUGCUGAAUUGGCAGCCGCACAUGCUACUGCUCAUGCUGCUUCAAAUGCGAACGCAAAUUCAAAUUCAAAUGCAAAUUCAAAAACAAAUACAAAUGCUGUGAUUUCUAAUGCUUUAUCUGUUAAAAAUACCAAUACCCGCUUGUCUGCGCCUCUUCCGGAAGAGGAAACGUCUUUUCGGCUCCAAUCUCCUCGUAUGGAAUCAAGCGCUUCCUCUUCAGUCACAGCUACAGUAGGCAUGGCGGGUAUUCAAGAAGGCACGAGUGCGGGUACAGGCACAGGCACAGGCACAGGCAUGGGUAUGGCUACACUUCAUGAUAUGUCCAAGUCGAGUAGUCGACAAUAUGGCAGUUAUAGACCCAUGGAAAGAAUACCCGAGCCUCAUGUAACAACUGUUGGCCUUGGUCCAGCCACACGUCGUGCAUUGGAAGCACUACAGAAAGAGAUUGUUGCCUUAAAUGGGAGAAUUGACGAGAGAGAUCACCGAACACAGCGCCAUCCAAGUACCUUGAGCGACUCCCCAGGGAUUAGCGGGAAGAAGCCUGUUAAAGAAAGUGAGAAUAGCGGGGGAGAAGGAUGGGAAGGAUGGCGUUGGGUUCUCAAGGCAGCAGCAAAACACGCAGCUUUAAAUAUCGUAGUCGCAUUUAUCUUUAUCCUUAUCCUCUCCAGAAGAAGCGACUCAGGCCUUAUAAAUUACUGGCAGACCAUUCGGUGGGCUAUUAAAAAUCAGAAGAAUAUUGAAUAG